AUGGUAAAAGAUUCAGUACAAGUGAAUUCUAUUUCACCCAAGACAAUUCUUUGGUACUUUCCACCGAGGUAUGUACCAACGGAUAAUAGAGGCAAAGUUCCCUUACCUGCAUGCCCUGAGUUAAAAUGCUUCGUGACAAGAAAUAAAACAUUUCUACCAGAAAGUGAUGCCGUCAUAUUUAACUCACAGUUUAUCGAAGGCGACAUUCCCCCUCGAAAACCAGAUCAGGUCUGGAUCUUCCACAACAGUGAGGUCCCAUAUCAUAAGUCCACUAACAGACCUUACCAUAGAAACCCUUGGUCUUCUUCUUUCAACUGGACUAUGGCUUAUAGACACGACUCGGAUAUAUUUCGACCCUAUGGAGUACUCAGAAGAAGACCAAACAUCCCUAUCAAGAACUAUACAAGCAUUGUUCGGAAGAAAACUAAGUUGGUAGCUUGGAUGGCGAGUAACUGUGCAGAUUGGAGUAAGAGACGCUCAUACGUCAGGGAGCUGCAGAAGCACAUCCAGGUUGAUAUUUAUGGAGCUUGUGGAAAGAUGGUGUUUUCGAGACUCAGAAAUAAAGAGUGGAUGGCAUAUCUGAAUGAAACAUACAAGUUCUAUUUGGCAUUUGAAAAUAAUUAUUGUCUUGACUAUAUCACUGAAAAACUCUUCAAUUACUUUACCCUUGACCUUGUAACGGUUGUUCGCGGAGGCGGAAACUACUCACGUGAUGUUCCUCCAAAUACUUACCUAAAUGUUGCUGAUUUCAAGUCCCCCAAAGAACUGGCUGAUCGCUUGUGGUUUCUGCACUACAACACUGACAGGUAUAUCGAUAUCCUGAAACGCAAGGAGCGGUAUUAUUAUCAAAAUGAGGACUACAGGUUCACCUUUUUGGGCUCUCCUUACAUUGAACAGCACUACGAGCAGGAACCUAUGUGCGACUUAUGCAGGAGACUCAGGGACAUCACACAUUACAGGAAGACCAUUCCUGAUAUUUUGUCAUGGUGGAAAAAAGGGCUUUGUCGAAAUCCUGUAACAUAUAUGUAA